AUGCGGACGGCGAGGGCGGUCGGGCUGGCCAGCGUGGCCGACGCGCUGCGGGAGCACCUCCACGUCUGCUGCGGCGUCGCGCUCGGGCUCCUCCUGGUGGCCGCCGCAUGCCCGCACGUCUUGCCGCUCGGCUCCGGCGCCAGCAGGCUCGUGCAGGCGGCGCUCGUCGCCGUCGCCUGCCCUCUCGUCGGGACGGCUAGAGUCGAAAAGGCAAAUGCUGAUCGUUAA